UUUUACAAUUCUCACAAAACUAUGUACGAGUCGACCUUGCACAGCUAGAGCCUCUCAUCUCAUGAUCUAAUCCAAGUUGGUUGAUUUCUAGCUUUCAAGAAACAAAUCAAGAUCGGCGGUGAGAGAUAUGGAACAGGCUAUACAGGUUUCAGUAGGAUUUGCCUUGCAAAAUCUGCUGCAAUUGAUCGAUGAGAAUCGCAGAUUGAUAAGCGAUAACUAUGAGAAAAUCACCGAUCUCCAGGCAGACGUCCGGCUCUUGAAGGCUUUCAUGGCCGAGUACACUGCAAAGUACCGCAACUCAAAGCCCCUGACGGAGCUGGCGGACGAGAUCAGAAGCCGGGUUUUCGAGGUCGAAGAUCUGAUGGAAACAUACAUCGCGGAGGAGAUGCAUUACCAAGGCAAGAAUAUCUUCAAGAAAGCAGUACGCGCCAGAGAACACCUAAGUAACCUCAGGAUCUUAGGUGAAACGGUGCAAAAGCUGAGUGCAAAGGUGAAGAAGACCAACGAGGACAACAAGGAGAUUGGCCUCCACCUCGUGGCAUUAGAAGAGUUGUCAAGAGAGUCAUCAAGACGUAGUUCAAUGUCUGAAGAAAAUCAGACUGGAGGCAAUCAAGAACCAGACAGAAUCAUUGGGUUUGAAGAUGCAGCUGAUAAUGUAUUGGAACUUCUCGGUGGGAAAAAACUGGUUCAAGGCAAAUCUGAUGGAGAGGAGCAGAGCAAUUCCGACGCAGAGCAGCACAGUGAGUCAAAGGAGCUAGAAAUAGCAUCAAUACAUGGAAUGCUUGGGCUAGGAAAGACAACACUUGCAAGAAAGGUCUUGAACGACUUAAGAAUCGAGUAUCAUUUUUUUACUCGUUUAUUUGUCACUGUUUCAAAUGAAUACAACAAGAAAGAAGUGCUUCUUAGCAUACUAAGUGUCUUCAUCAAGAACAUUAGGGAGCAGGACAAGACGGUGGAACAAUUAGUUGACAUGGUCAAACACGAAUUGAAGUACAAGUAUUUGAUUGUCAUGGAUGAUGUUUGGCAAAAUGAAGUUUGGGAGGAUAUCAAAAAAUUUUUACCCGACAACAGCAAGGGCAGCAGGGUAUUAGUGACUACUCGAAUCGAGUCUGUGGCCAACUAUGUUGCAACAAAGACUAAACCAUAUAAAUUGCGGCUUAUGUUUACAGAAGAGGCUGAAGAAUUACUGAGGACCAAGGUUUUCGACGAAAAUACAUGUCCAGAGGAACUGGAAUCCAUUGAAAAGAAGAUUCUCGCUAAGUGUGACAGGCUACCACUGGCAAUAGUGGUAACAGCUGGUAUUCUUAGGAAUCAUCCAAAAGAUCUUACAUGGUGGGAAGAUGUGCUUAAUGGUGUAGCUGAGUUAGUUGAUAAUAACCACCAAAAAAGGAUUGAUGAAUUAAUAAGACGGAGUUAUGAUAACUUGCCUGACAUACUCAAAUCGUGUUUUCUCUACCUUGGUGUCUUCCCUGAAGACUUGGAGAUCCCCGUGUCGAAAUUGUUGCAAUUGUGGAUCGCUGAGGGGUUUAUUCCCCAAUCUGAGAGAGCAAGCAUGGAAAAAAUAGCAGAGUUAUGUUUGAGGGAGUUGGUUGGCAGGAAUUUAGUGAUGGUGCGAAGGAGAACUUUAAGUGGUCGGAUUAAGACAUGUAUAAUCCAUGACACACUGCGUGACUUCUGCAAGAAGAUGGCCAAAGCAGAAAAUCUUUUCCAACAAGUUCACGUGGACACCAAUUCAUCUUCUGGCCGUCGCCUUACCUGUAUUAACUCUUACUUCCAAGAGUACGUUCAAAAAGAACAGCCUGCGGAGAAAGUCCGCUCAUUCUUGAGCUUUGGGGAAGAAACUACGUUGAGGAAGGAUCUUUGCUCAAAUAUAUGUAAGCACUUCAAACUACUCCGAGUGUUGGAUAUUUUAUCUGUCAAGCUUCCUGGUCGUUUUCCGGCCCAACUACCUAACCUUGUUCUCCUAAAGUUCAUUGCCAUCUGUUGUGAGCUCCAAAUCCUUCCCAAAAAGAUGUCCAGCCUGGUAAACUUGCAAACUCUUAUCGUUUACACAACCCACCCGACCCUCAGAAUAGAAGCUGACAUUUGGGGAAUGACAAAGCUAAGGCAUUUGCGUACCAAUACCUCCACAUUCUUGCCUGAGUGUUCAAGGCAAUGCUCUAGCAGUGAAAACCUACAAACUCUAUCUACUGUUGCACCUGAAUGUCUCACAAAUGAUGUGCUUGAGAGGACUAAGAAACUCAAGAAGCUUGGUAUACGUGGGAACUUGGGCACUCUUGUGAAGGCCAAUGGUGAGUCUCGUUUGUUUGACAUGCUCUGCGAACUAGUCUCCCUUGAGAAUCUGAAGUUACGGAAUGAUGAUGUAACUUCCAGGCUACUUGCUCUUCCUCCAGCACACAAAUUCCCAGCAAGAUUAACAAGGUUGAGUCUGCAGGAUACAAGUCUAGAUUGGCAAAUUCACAUGCCUAUACUUGGAAAGCUUCGGUUUCUUGAGGUUCUCAAAUUGAAAGACAAUGCUUUUAUGGGAGAGGAUUGGCAAACAGAAGGAGGGGGAUUUCGUUGUCUCAAAGUUCUGUUCAUUGGGUCUACAAAUUUAAAGUCUUGGGAUGCUAAAGCCACUAAUUUCCCACAACUCAGAUGCCUUGUCCUCAAGCAGUGCAAGAAACUUGUGCGGAUCCCAUCUGACUUUGUAUACAUGAAACACCUUGAGAUGAUUGACCUAGAAUAUGCCAAGGAUUCAGUAAUUUCUUCUGCCCGGAGAAUUGUGCAACAACAAUUAAUGGAAAUUAUUGCGCGGCCAAAUGAGAACAAGACUACCCCGAUUAAGCUCACUGUUUAUCCUCCAGAAUAGUGAUGGCCGAGUAAACAUGCUCCGUAAGUGCUUCUUUGACAGGAAUUCAUGUUUACUAGCUUCGCGUUGUGCUCUUCAAAUGAACCUUGAAAUGGUGGAACUGAAGCUUCUAUCUCCUGGCGUGCUUUCUUCUCUGUUCUGUGUUAAUAAAGCCUAGCUGCCUGGCUCUGGGCAACAGCGUUCAGCUGCUAUGCUGUCUUUGGGUUGUUUUUGUUCGGCAUCUUGGGUAAUGUCAAGUUUUCUUUUCAACAAGUUUAUUGUGAAGAAAUUAAGGCCACAGAUCUCCUGCCCAAUAAAGUGAUGGAGAAACAAGGUGGAUAGGUAUUUUGUUUCAGCUAGGAGACUGCUUGUUCAAAUAUAGAGCCUUGUGUUUUCUUCCUGUUGCGAGGUCCGGCUUUUGCCUUGUGAUCUUGUUUCCUUGUAUUGUCAAGUUUGGGUUGAAUCCCAGAUGUACUCUUCUAUAUGUUAUUUAUCUCCUUUCCAUUUCAUAAUUCAAGGAACGCAACCAGGUUAUCUUGUCUGAA